AUGGCGCCCAUUCCAAACGCGCAGCAGGCCUCGCAACAGGCCGCACGAGCCGCCGACCGCGCUCAGGUCUCGGCCAACAACACCGCCAACAAGCUCUCAAAAUGGGUCGAGGAGAACCGCACACUCGUCAUCGCCCUCGCAACGGGUACGCUCGCACUCGGUGGCUACUACCUCUACUCUCGCUCUUCGUCAUCGUCGUCGUCCAAGGCGAAAGGAAAGGGCACCGUCAGUGACAGCGAUGAUGACGAAAAAGCUGGUGCGGCUGGUGGAGCUGCUGCUGGCUCUGCCAGCAAGAAAAAGAAGAAGAAGGGCACCAAGAAGAAGACCACCGGUGCUACAGGCGGCGCCUCCUCGUCGACCGACACCCCUUCGCAACGAGCCGACGGCCUGCCUUCCGAUCCAUCAGGUCCGCUGCUCGACGAGGCCACCGACGACCAGCUCGCCGAGCUCCCAGAAGCCGAGAUCGUCAAGCUGCCCAAGGAGAAGCGCGAGAGUUUGUCGCAGCACCUCAAGACGCUCGGCAACAAGGCCUACUCCAACCGUCAGUUCGAGAAAGCCAUCAGCCACUACACCAAGGCGAUCGCUGCCCACCCGAUGGCUGUGUUCUACUCGAACCGUGCUGCUUGCUACGCCAACCUGAGCCAGCCCCAGCAGGUGGUCUCGGACUGCGACGAAGCGCUCAAGAUGGACCGCGUCUACGUCAAGGCGCUCAACCGACGUGCUGUCGCCAAGGAGCAGCUCGGCAACCCCAUCGAGGGCCAGGAGGGUGUGGGCGAGGAAAAGGCACAGCUGCUGUUCGACUCGUUGGCAGACUUUACCGCGGUUGCCAUCCUGGGGCAGUUCAAGGACCAGACGGCCACCGAGAGUGUCGAGCGGGUUCUUCGAAAGCUCGCUACGGGCAAGGCUCAAGAUAUCCUCAAGAGCCGCGAACCCAAGUUGCCCUCGCCAACGUUUGUGACGGCGUACCUCGAGGCGUUCCGCGCCAAGCCCAAGCCGAGUCUGCCGGAGAAGCCAAGCCAGGGCGACGAGACGCUGCUCAAGGCGUACGGUGCGCUGGAGGCCAAGUCCUACCCGCAUGCGCUGACACUCUUCAACGAGGCCAUCGAGCAGGGUCUCAGCAACGAAGACCUCGAGGCGAACGCGUACAACAUGCGCGGCACGUUCAAGUUCGUCAUCGGCAACGCCAAGGAAGCUCUUUCCGAUCUGGAGCGAUCCACCUCGCUUCGACCCAACUACGUUCAGUCGUGGGUCAAGAAGGCGUCGGUGCACAUGGAGUUGUCGGACAAAGACGCGGCGUUUGCCGAUUUCGACCGUGCCAUCGAAGCCGACCCCUCCGACCCGGACAUCUACUACCACCGUGGACAGGUCAACUUCAUCCUCGGCGAGUUCGACGCUGCCAUCAAAGACUACGAGAAAUCCACCUCGCUCGACGACAAGUUCAUCUUCUCCCAGGUGCAGUACGCCGUGGCGCACUACAAGAACGGUAACAUUGGUCAUUCUACCGCGGCGUUCCGCAAGCUGUUGCGCAACUUUGAUACGUCCAGCGAAGCGUACAACUACUAUGGCGAGUUGUUGUUGGAUCAGCAAAAGUUCGAGGAGGCGAUGGACAAGUUUGACAAGGCGAUCGAGAUCGAAUCUGCCAAAUCCGGGUCCACUAAUGUGUUGCCGAUGAUCAACAAGGCGUUGGCGCUGUUCCAGUGGAAGCAGGACAUUGGGGCUGCGGAGGAGCUGUGCAGGCAGGCGCUGGAUAAGGAUGCCGACUGCGAUGUCGCCGUUGCCACUCUAGCCCAGCUGAGUCUGCAGCAGGGGAAGAUUCAGGAUGCCAUCGAGUACUUUGAGAGGAGCGCAAAGAUUGCCAGGACGGAACCGGAGUUGAUCAAUGCGUUGACCUACGAGAAUGCCAGCAGGGCCCAGCUGCAGUUUAUUCACGAGUACCCGGAACAGGGCGCCGCGCUGGGUCAGAUGGCGGGCAUGAUGUGA